CCUCGUCCACCUCACUCGUAGCCGUAGCAUCAGCUGCAGCAGGCGCUCUGGGCAGUGUGCGCACGUGGUGGUACUACCUAGCUCGCUCUGCUAAGCUAAGCUAAGCAGCUUGCCAUGGCGGAUCACCACCGGGGCGGGACGGGAGGUGGCGCGGGUGGCUACGGCGACUACAACCGUGGGGGCGGCGCCGGCAUGUACGGCGAGUCGCAGCAGCAGCAGCAGAAGCAGGGCGCCAUGAUGACGGCGAUCAAGGCGGCGACGGCCGCGACCUUCGGCGGGUCGAUGCUGGUGCUGUCCGGGCUGAUCCUGGCGGGCACCGUGAUCGCGCUCACGGUCGCCACCCCGGUGCUGGUGAUCUUCAGCCCGGUGCUGGUGCCGGCCGCCAUCGCGCUGGCGCUCAUGGCCGCCGGGUUCGUCACCUCCGGCGGCCUCGGCGUCGCCGCGCUGUCCGUCUUCUCCUGGAUGUACAAGUACCUGACGGGCAAGCACCCGCCGGGCGCCGACCAGCUGGACCACGCCAAGGCGAGGCUGGCGUCCAAGGCCCGCGACAUCAAGGACGCAGCGCAGCACCGCAUCGACCAGGCGCAGGGGUCUUGAGAUGCACACGCGCGAGAGCGGACCGCGUGUCAUCCUGCUCCUGGAUACCGCGCGCGCGGGGUGGCGUACGUACGGCGGCGGCGCGCGACCACCGCCGGCGCGGCAUGGCCCUACGGCUGCCGCUGCUGCUACGUACGUACUAUACGCUGCCGUAGAGUCUUGGUCGCCGUGCUAGCUCUAGCUAGUCGUUAUAUGUGUUGUGCUUUAUUUGUAUGUGCAUGUGUGUCGUCUUGUUGGUACAUGCAGUGUAGUAUGCUGUACUGUAUGCGUCUUUC